UGAUAACCUGGAAGCCCCGCCGUUACGUCAGACGCGCUGAAGCCGCCUGAAGCCCAGGAGGAACGGAAGCGGACAUACAGGGGCAGAAAGGCACGCGACUGGUCGCUUGUCCGCGCCGCCAGUCAGCCCCUGAUCCUCCAUCACACUGCUAGCCUCGUCGCUCACUGCCGCCCUCCUGUCGCACAUUCUUGCACCCGGAAUAACGUUCUACGGUGCCGAUGAGCGUGCGACCAGCGCCGCCAUGAGCCGGAGCUUCUACGACAUCGACCCGGCGGGUGAGGUCCUCUGCACUUACACCAAUGGCGAGAAGGAGAAGCUCAAGUCCGAGAAAACCGAGGUCCCCAUCCCCAAAGCAGUCUUAUACGCGUUCCUCCCCGCCGGCUACCCACACUCCGUAACCGACGACUACCUCCCGUACCAAACCUACGACUCGCUUCAGGCAUUCGCAUCCUCCAUCACCUCGCUACUCGCUAACCGCGCCGUGCUUGAGGGCCUUGGGGUGGGCGACUCCUCGUCAUCCCCGACCGGCGCCCUGAUUCUCAAGAUUACGGGCGACACCAUCUCGCGCAUCGCCACAAUCCUCUUUGCGCACCGCAUGGGCCAGGCCAUUGAACCCGAGUGCAAGUUCUACCGCUUCCUAGCCGACAUCUUCAACGACAGCGCCCAAUUUCUCGACCUGCUCACCCCGGCCCUACCAUAUUUCCCCAAACUCGGUGUGAUCGUCUCGGCGGGGGUGCUGCGCUCGCUGUGUGGCGUGGCCGCGAAUGCGAGCAAGGCAAGUCUGUCGGCGCAUUUUGCGCUGACGGGGAACCUGGCGGAGCUGAAUGCGAAAGAGGCGUCGCAGGAAACGGUCGUCAGCCUGUUGGGGAUGCUCGUCGGGUCGUUGGUGGUGAAGAUGGUGGAGGACAAGCAGGUGGUGUGGAUGCUGAUGGUAUUUCUGGCUGGAGUGCACCUGGCUAUGAACUACCACGCUGUGCGAGCGGUCAAAAUGCGCUCGCUCAACCGCCAGCGGGCGACGCUUGUGUUUCGAGAAUGGCUGGAUCAUGGGACAGUCCUCACCCCGCAACAGGUGUCGCAGAGGGAGAGCAUCCUACGCAACGGGAGGGGGAAUCUGGCGAGCAAGAGCGGGGAUUAUACGGGGUUUUGCGAUUUCGGAACGUAUGGGGAUCUCAUGGGAUGGAAUCCGAAAGGCUAUCACCGAUAUGACUUCGAGACGAGCACGUACUUCAUGGGUAUAUGGCACCGCGGGGGGUAUUUUUACAUGAGAAUUGCGCUGAAGGAGGGGACAAAGAACCCACUCUCCGCCUGGUUUGACGCAGUCAACCAUGCCUAUCACUUCGACUCGGCGCUCAAAGACGGGUUGGAGAGCCAUUAUGAGAACGAGAUACCGCUGGGUUACGUGUCGGAGGAACAGAAGCAGACGAUAUUCGCGGCCAUGACUGCUGGCGGUUGGGAUCUCGAGGUGAACGCCCUGGAAACGAGGUUGCCUGUGAGGGUACGGGCAGGUGAUAGUAGAAAAGGUGAGCCACUACCAAGUAGCUUUCUUCCACCGGCCGCAGUCUUUCGUGCCCGAUACUGAUUCGUCCAGGCCUCCAUCCCUCCGAAAAAGACCCAGCACGUUUCAACGGACUCCCAGAAGCGAAACACGACUGAUGAAACGGGGUAAUGGUGUUACAUGGAUAGAGUUGGCCAGUCGGUU